CGUUCCAAGAAAAUAAAUCAUUGUAGUUAUACAUAGUGCUUGUAUUCAACAAACAUUCAUGAGUAUGAAGUGGUUUUUGCUUCUUUUGCAUCUAGCGUCAGUUAUUGGUUUAUAUGGUAUUGAUGCGAAGGCGUGGAGGAAACGUUUUAUUUUAGAAUUAUCAAGACCAUCAUUUUUCAAUGAAGCAAAUCCUUUGGGAAACGUGGAAGGAGCUAUAGCACACGAAUGUGAAGUGAAGAAUCCGUCAAUAAGAGAUUAUUUCGAGGAAUUAUUGAAAGAAACAAAAAAAUGUGUUAAGUCAAAAGACAUUUCCGAAACCAAUUUGGAAUCGUUCCAAACACAUUUUGACAAUUGCACUUCUAAAAUCAGGACUAAGACCACAAGCUGUUUGCCAUCUGGAAAAGAAUAUUUUGCAAACCUGUUGCUUGACUACGCCAAAGGCAUCGUCAAUCUUACAUACAAGCACGAAGAUCUAUUGGAAUCUUCUGAAAUGGCAGAGUGUAUGUCUAAACUGAAGAAAGAUGAACAAACGAGAACAAUAAAGUCAUGUAUAGAAAACUAUCGGCGGGUUGAAAUUCCUAGUUCUAAAACUGAAGCAUGCAAGGAGUUUGUACCAAUCCAUAAAUGUUUGACAGAUCCCAUCAAGAGCAUUUGUGAUUCGAAACUUUCACAAUUGGCAGAUGACUAUUUAGAAUUGGCCAAAAAUCUUUGUAAAGUUUGAAGAAAUAAAUAAACAAUGUCUGCUUUA